AGGGCAGGAGCGGGGCGGCCCCGCCAUGAGGGCAGCGCGGAGCCUCCUGCCCCGCGGGCUGCGCUGCCUGCGGGUCCCCCCCGCGCCCCGGGCACCCCCCGCGCCCCGCAGGCCGCUCUGCGCCUCCCGUGAGCUGCCCGGUACUGGCCCGAGACACAGAGAGGCUGGCAGCAGCGCUGGAGCUGUUAGGGAGGAGGAGGAGGAUGAUGAAGGCGUGGAGUUCGGGACGCUGUCCGAUAGGUUUUCUUCCAGAAAAUAUUAUCACAAAACCACGUCGUACUUUCAGAAUUUAAAGCUUCAAGAAGGAGGAGAAGAAGCACCAGAAGGAAAGCCCCGGCGCCGCCCCCGGAACACCCCGCACUGGUACUUCCUGCGGUGCAGGGCCCUCCUCAGGGAGGACAAGCUGGCAGAGGCUCUGGAGCUGUUUGAGGUGCAGAUGCUGAAGGAAGAGCGUGUGCAGCCAGAAGAAAGCAACUACACUGUCCUGAUAGGUGGCUGUGGCCGGGCUGGCUACGUCAAGAAAGCUUUCAGGCUGUACAAUGAUAUGAAAAAACGAGGCUUGGUCCCCACCGAGGCCACCUACACGGCCCUGUUCAACGCCUGUGCCGAGUCCCCGUGGAAGGAGUCGGGGCUGCAGGGCGCCCUCAGGCUGCGGCAGCAGCUGCAGAGCAAGAACCAGGAGCUGAACCUCAUCACCUACCACGCUCUGCUGAAGGUCUGUGCCCUCUGCUCCGACCUCAGGAUGUGCUUUGAUGUGCUGAAGGAAAUUGUGCAGAAGGGCCAUGUUCCCACAGUGGAGACCUUCAGCUUCCUCCUCAUGAGCUGCAUAAAGGACAGAGACUCUGGCUUCCGACACGCCUUGCAGGUCUGGAAACAAAUGACCACGCUAGGGAUAAGGGCUGACAGCCACAUCUACAACCUGAUGCUUCGUGCUGCCAGGGACUGCGGGGUGGGGGAUCCGGCCGUGGCGUCCCAGCUCCUGCUCACACCCACCCAGCAGCACCCACCUCAGCUCGGGCUGCCACCCAGGAGGCAGAAGGGGAAAAGUCAGAAGAAGAAGGGAGCGGAGAGCACAGCUGCUGUCCAGCUGGAUGUGGAAGCUAUGGAAAAGCAGUUAUUUCUGGAGAGUUCGGUGCAGCCUGAGGAACUGAUCCAGCAACAAAACAAAGAUGUGAAUUGGGCCAAGGCAGAACCAGCUGCUCUGGACAACCCCAGCACAGCUCCCAGCAGAAUGGGAGCAUUGGUGAGGAGAGGCUGGAAUGAAAUGGAGCAGGAACAAGCAUGCCUCAGCCAGGAGCACCAUUUCUGCAAGCUGCCCAACCUCCUGGAUUCUGGGAUGCCCAACGCAGCUGUGGUUUCCCUGGGGACAGUGGCCAGGCCAUCUGACAGACUGGCUUUGAUGGGGGACGUGGAAGGCUUCCUGAGGAGAAUGAAAGAGGACAAUGCAGAACCCAACAUUAAAACAUUCACGUUGCUGGCUGAGCUGGUAGAGCCCCAGAGCCCCUCUGAGUCCUCUUUGCUGGCACGCCUGGAUAAGCAUAAAGUGAAUGUAGAUGUGACCUUCUUUAACACUUUAAUAAGGAAGAAGAGUAAACAAGGAGAUCUGGAAGGAGCAAAGAGCUUGCUGCCAGCUCUGGUGAAGAGGGGACUGUCACCCAACCUCCAGACCUUCUGUAGCUUGGCCAUCGCCUGCCACCAGGAGGAGGACGGGCUGCAGUUGCUGGCGGAUCUGAAGAGGUCUGGAGUUACUCCCAACAAGUACAUCUACAGCAGCCUGAUCGCCGGCGCUGUCCGGCAGCUGGAUUACCGCUACCUGAUCCAGAUCCUGAGGGACAUGAGGAGCAACCAGGUGCCUCCCAACGAAGUUAUCAUCCGCCAGCUGGAGUUUGCAGCACAGUACCCUCCCAAAUUUGACAGGUACAAGUCAAAGAACUCAUACCUGGAGAAAAUCGAUGGUUUCCGUGGCUACUACUACCGGUGGUUGAAAGUGAUGGCAGGAGAGGAGACCCCCCAUCCCUGGGCAAAGUACAGAACAGCAAAAGGUGGGGCAGGUGACAAGGGGGACGAGGCUGAGCAAGAGCAGAAGGAGCUGUGAGGACACUGAAGUUCUGCAUCUCCCCUGUGCUGGAAGAACUUGGAACUUGCUCCUUUAAACUGCCUUAUAGUAAAGCUGCUUUGUAUUUCAAUGAUUUCUGGUGGUAGCUACAUAAUAAAAUAUUUAUCCUUUAAGGAAA